AUGAGCGACCUAACGCGGCAUUUCCAUUUUAUGGCCACGGCCUUGUUUGUAGGGUACAAGGCAUUGCUUAAUAAUGAGACUCCCGUAUCUUGCAUAGUAACAAGAGGUAGCAACAUCCUAAGUAUAGGGUACAACUACACAAACAUCUCCCUCAAUGGAACUAAACACGCCGAGUUUAUCGCCCUAGAAAGGUUCAAUGGGGAGAACAUAGACUAUAGUGAGCUCACAUUGUACGUCACGGUAGAACCAUGCAUAAUGUGUGCGUCAUAUCUCCGUCAGUUGGGCAUAGGAAGAGUCUUCUACGGAUGUGGUAACGACCGUUUUGGAGGCAACGGUACUAUAUUAUCGAUUCAUAAUGACACCGGAUUACCUGAAAAAGCUUACCCCAGUAUAGGUGGAAUCUGCAGAACAGAAGCGAUCCAGUUGCUUCGAAAUUUUUACAUUCAGGAGAAUGAAUCAGCGCCUGUGCCGAAAGUGAAAAAGAACAAGAACAUAGAGGACAAAGAGUAUCCCCUCAACUCAUUCAAUCUAUCUGAAGUGGAAUUUAUUGACUUUUAUGGAAAUGACAGAUUACCAAUCUUUGGUGGUGAUUUGGAAAUAACACCACUCGUAGGACAAGGCUACUUCAUUCAAGAGUAUGUCAAUCUUGAUGAGUUAAAACGUGUGCCCUACUUGGAAGAUGAGCUAGGACCAAUUGACUCUAACCAAGUCGACUCAUUCGCCUCGCUAUUCUAUGAAGUCAAUGCUGAAGGCUGUGUGAAUUAUGAGCAACCCGUAGAUAAGUAUCUUCAUAAGAAGCGUAAGAUGAUUUAA